AUGACAACAGCCUCCGCUAUCAUAGGGCCGUCAGGUGGCCGUGACGCCUUGAUGGCGCGUCAGUUGUAUCCGAAUUUUUUCAAAACCCGGGCUGGGGAUCCACCAGAGAGGGGCGCGACGCGGAAAGACUUGCGAGCAAGCAUGAUGGAUCGCAAAUCCAUUCUCUACCCGAUACCAUAUUUGGAGAGUGAAGCAUCGCGAGCAACGUGGACUCAACGAGCGACACGAGGGGUGCCACAUCUUUCCACAUUUUCUCUGGCACACGCAGAACCUGGAGGUGACAUCGAAAGAGACGAAAUCCGAGAAACUGUGGCAUCUCUCUUGGAAGUCCAGCCCUCAGGCGCACAGCCACUGAGUGUCGUGUACAAACGACACGAUCUAGAGCCGCUUCCCCCGUCAAUUUCAUUCCGGCCUCAUCACAAUCUUGCUGAUCCGGUUUACUACGAUAUGCCCCCUUCGCCGCCCUACCCCGCUCCCCCCCUGCUGCUGAAGGAGCAGCGCCGCCAGAAGUCGCUCUGGUCCCCACUGUGUAAUGCAGAGUCCCCCGAGAAACGGCCACACUCCAUCGUGUUCAAUCCUGGCUGUUCGUUUCUCUCUGUCACUCGCGGGUGUCGGAGGGGAAGGCGUUCAAACUCUGCAGCUUCCGAGGUAUCCUUUCAGGAAGUCACGGGCGAGCCGUACCACGAUCUGGUACAGGCGGAAAGUCUCCGGUCCCGGCAUCGUGGACGGGAAGCGGCACAACUUCUCUCCUCUAGACUAGGAUCGCUUGAUGAGCCACAGACGAACCGCCAUUUUCCCAGCCCUGAGAGAAGAAGGAAGCGAGCAGGCGCGACUCUAGGCAUCUUGCCAUCUCGCAGCGUAUCGGUGAGUGCGGGUAGCCACCGUGGCAGAUGUCGUUCGUCGUACCCAGAAGAGAGUGUGCCGAUUCCAAUGCCGUUCUGGGGCAGGUAUGACUGGUAUCCUCCAAUGAAAGCCCCAAGACAGCGAAUUCAGGCUUUUGGCAGGCCUGCAAGCAGAGAGUGUGUUCCAUUGUACGAGAGUGGACUCGACGACUGGACCACUUUUCCAUGGAAUGAAACCCUACGGACCACUGGUCAUAGGAGUCUCACCAGCGAAGACAGGUCCCCUUCAACCAGGUUUUCUCCACAUCGGGGGUCGCUCCGCGCUACUGGAGAUAAUGCAGAUCUAGAGUGGCGGAUGGAUAGGUCUACUAAUUUUGGCGAAUUGCAGUCGAGGAUUGCCGAUGCUUCUCGCGGCCAACAGAAGUUCUAUAGGAGGCAGAAGGCUUCCCUAUGGGGAGCCCUUCACCCUGCAACACAACGAGUUGUGGGGACGUUUCCACGGACAGAAUGCUCGUUUGUCUGCAAGGAGCAUCGGGGUCGCCACGUGCACCUGAUGGAUGUCUUUGGACCAGUCGAGAGAAAUCGGCUGUCCAGCUACUUUGACCAGGACGAGGCCGAUGAGAUACACCGAAGGGCACGAGGAUGUCUUGGUGUUCACACAGCGAGUUGUCCUCAGUCGCACAACACAUUGAGGAAAGUUUUGUCGGACUGCGCAGAGCGUGGAAAGCCGAGCGACUUGGACGCUUUCCCGCAACAGACUAGGGAACCCAAACGUCACUGGUGGUCUCCCGCUGAGCCACUAGCUGACUACGCCGACGAAAAAAGUUGA